CGCCCUCCUCCAUCUUGGCGCAGCAGCUUGACGCAGCGGAGCCAGAGCGGCGGAUCGAUUGUGGGUUUUCGGGGCUGAUCGGGAUUAUGCGGCGCUGGUGUCCGCGGAGCGGAAUCCCCGGUUCCUCCAGUCCAGCAGACUCCUCCUCCUCGUCCCUCCGGUCUCCUGGCCCCCCGAUGUCCGGCCUGUAGAGUCCAGGUCCAGGUCCAGGUCCUGCUGCUGGUCCUGCUGGUCCUGCUGGUCCUGCUGGUCCUUCACCCCCAAACCCCCGGACUCGGACCCUCAACCUCCUACAGGUGGAUGAAUGAAGACCCCGUUCAAAAGCCCAGCGGCCCCUCGACCCCGAGCCGACGGGGGGAAUUCCGGCGUCUCUGCAAACAUGAUGAAGAAGAAGAAUCCCCACAAGAAGCAGAGGACCAGCGUGGGCCCCAGCAAGACCCUGGUCCCCCCCCGGAGGAACAUCGUGGGCUGCAGGAUCCAGCACAUCUGGAAGGAGGGCAGUAAGAACUCCCAGUGGAAGGGGACGGUCCUGGACCAGGUCCCGGUAAACCCGUCUCUCUACCUGAUCAAGUACGACGGCUUCGACUGCAUCUACGGCCUGGAGCUGUACGGAGACGAGAGGGUGGUGGGCCUGGAGGUGCUGCCGGACCGGGUCGCCCCGGCCCGCGUCAGCGACUCCAUGCUAGCAGAGACGAUGAUCGGGAAGGCGGUGGAGCACAUGUUUGAGACGGAGGACGGACCCAAGGAGGAGUGGAGGGGGAUGGUGCUGGCCCGGGCCCCCAUCAUGACGUCCUGGUUCUACAUCACCUACGAGAAGGACCCGGUCCUGUACAUGUACCAGCUGCUGGACGACUACAAGGAGGGGGACCUGAGGAUCAUGCCCGACUCCAACGACAGCAUGGCGGAGCGGGAGCCCGGCGAGGUGGUGGACAGUCUGGUGGGGAAGCAGGUGGAAUACGCCAAGGAGGACGGAGGGAAACGCUCGGGGAUGGUGAUCCACCAGGUGGAAGCCAAGCCCUCCGUCUACUUCAUCAAGUUCGACGACGACUUCCACAUCUACGUCUACGACCUGGUCAAGACCUCCUAGACCGGGACCAGAACCAGAACCACAGAGACUCUAGACCCGGAACCAGAACCACAGAGACUAGACCGGGAACCAGAACCACAGAGACUCUAGACCCGGAACCAGAACCACAGAGACUCUACACCUGGUCAAGACCUCCUGGACCGGGACCAGAACCACAGAGACUCUACACCUGGUCAAGACCUCCUGGACCAGGACCAGAACCACAGAGACUUAGCGAGACCCGCGGACCCCCAACUGAACCCCAAACCGCCAACCGGGUCGAAGAAAAGUGAGACGGGAGACUUUGUUUUUGUUUCAAGAGGCGCCUUAAAGCCAGAAAAGAUCCAGAACCAGGAUUUACUUCACUCUGCCAGACCCCCAAGCCCAGGUCCAGACCGGGUCCAGACCGGGUCCAGACCGGGUCCAGACCAGGUCCAGACCAGGAACUGUUUUAAGAACGCUUCAGACCAGAGUUCUUUAAAGAAGUCCUGCACCUGGAACUGCACCUACAGGUGCGACUGAGGGUCCAGGUGCAGGGGGGGGGGUGUCCGUUGUGGUCUCUCUGCAAAGACUCGGACCUGAGACCCCUGCAGACCGGCUAGGACCCCCCCAGGGUCGGUGAUGGCGGCCGGACCGGACCCUGAGACCUCCGUCUCCCUGGUUACGGUCCACAUGUGGGUCUCCCUGGAUCCCAACAGGGUUCUGGUCGGGACUCUGGUCCGGACCCCUGGUCCUGGUUCUGGUCCAGACCUGGUCCGGACCUGGUCCUGGUUCUGGUCCAGACCUGGUCCGGGCCCCUGGUCCUGGUUCUGGUCCAGACCUGGUCCGGGCCCCUGGUCCUGGUUCUGGUCCAGACCUGGUCCGGGCCCCUGGUUCCCUAAAGCCGUCGUCUUUAACAUGUUUAUAUUUGUGCCAAACAAACGGUUGACUUUGUUCCUGAACGUCUUCGUGUUUCGUUACGUUACGCCGGAGGAACCUGCUGCUUCAGCGUCACGUUACGCCGGAGGAACCUGCUGCUUCAGCGUCACGUUACGCCGGAGGAACCUGCUGCUUCAGCGUCACGUUACGCCGGAGGAACCUGCUGCUUCAGCGUCGUGCACCGGGUCCUCCGGUCGGACCUGCAGGUCCGGGGGGGUUGUGGACUCUGGUACUGUUGGACCCCCCAGGUGAUUCCUGGAGUAUUUCUGUCCUGAAGUUUGUCCAUGUUGGUUUUCUAUGACCUGCGACCCUACGACCCCUGACCCUAAUGACCCCCCCACCAGAACCGCCCCCCCCCGACCCUAACGACCCCCCCAGACCCCGACCC